AGGAUAAAGUUACAGGAAGUUUUUUUUUUGUUGUUUUCCUGAGAACACUUUCUGCUUUUUCGGACAGCAGGGAUUUCUGGGCACUUUCUUACUAUGCUCUUGGCUUGCCUACCUCCUGAAUUGCUUUUCUUGAUUAAGCUUUUUUUAUCACGUUUGAAGACAUGAGGAUACUUCUGAAUUAAAUGUGAUAUGACUGUGAAGGAUAAUUUCUACAGUAUUAGCCUCCAAAUCACAGGAUUAGAACAAAGAUGGACAGUUAAGAAAAGUAUCGAGCGUCUCCAAGGAAACAGAAAACAGUAUGACACAAAAUACAAGCUUUUUAAGAAACGUUUUUCUUUACAAGUGUCUGUUUGCAUUAACUUUUUGGAGCUACAUCAGCCUGUCUGUAGAAGAUGAACUCUUUACAUCUGUUUCUAACAAUUUUCCAGAAGAUGAUUCUAACCAAAAAAUCAAGAGCCUGCCACUCCUGUAUACAAACAGUAAUCAGUCCAAAGCUGAUUUUGAUUGGGUUGUGAUACAAAAUACUACAGAAAGUCUGUCAUUGUCAGAAAUCACAAAUGACAAUGUAAAAAAAUUGAUAGCUUUAUUAUCUAAUUUCACACAAGGAUCCAGGUUACAAAAUCUGACACUGACAAAUGUGUCAGUGGAUUGGAAUGCUCUUAUGGAAAUUUUUCAGACUGUAUGGCACUCAUCCAUUCAAUACUUCAAUACUAACAAUGUAACACAGCUGUCAGACAUUGAAAGUUAUGACUUUGACUAUUCAGGUACUUCUAUGAAAGCACUGACAAUGAAGAAAAUUAUAAUCACAGACAUGUACUUCACACAGGAUGACCUAUACAAAAUAUUUGCAGACAUGAAUAUUGAACACAUGACAAUAGCUGAUUCAGAGAUGAUUCAUAUGCUUUGUCCUUCAUCUAGGAGUCCCUUUAGAUACCUAAAUUUUUUAAAGAAUGAUUUAACAGAUUUUCUUUUUCAAAACUGUGACAACCUACUUCAGCUGGAGAUAUUAAUCUUGCAGAAGAAUAAAUUUGAGAGCCUUCGCAAAGUAAGUUUCAUGACCAGCCGUAUGAAAUCACUGAAAUACCUGGACAUGAGCAACAACCUGCUGCGCCACGAUGGAGCUGACGUGCAGUGCCAGUGGGCUGAGUCUCUGACAGAGCUGGACCUGUCCUCCAAUCAGUUGGCGGAUGUUGUGUUUGAGUGCUUGCCAGUCAACGUCAAAAAACUCAGCCUACAAAACAAUCAGAUCAGCAAUGUCCCCAGUGGGGUGGCAGAGCUGAAAUCCUUGGAAGAGCUGAACCUGGCAUCGAACAGGCUGGCCGACCUGCCGGGGUGCAGUGGCUUUACGUCCCUGCAGUUCCUGAACGUAGAGAUGAAUUCGAUCCUCACCCCAUCUGCUGACUUCUUCAAGAGCUGCCCAAAGGUCAGGGAGUUGCAGGCCGGGCACAACCCAUUCAAGUGUUCCUGUGAACUGCAAGCCUUUAUCCGCCUGGAGAGGCGGUCGGGGGGGAAGCUGUUUGGCUGGCCGGUGGCCUACGUGUGCGAGUACCCCGAAGGCUUGCGAGGAACAGAGCUCAAGGACUUCCACCUGAGCCUGCUGGCCUGCAACACGACGCUCCUGCUUGUGACAGCUCUGCUGCUGACGCUGCUGCUGGUGGCUGUGGUGGCCUUUCUGUGCAUCUACCUGGAUGUGCCGUGGUACGUGCGGAUGACGUGGCAGUGGACGCAGACGAAGCGCAGAGCUCGGCACAACCCUCCUGGGGAUCAGGGGGCCGUUCUGCAAUUCCACGCGUUCAUUUCCUACAGCGAGCGCGAUUCGCUGUGGGUGAAGAACGAGCUGAUCCCGAACCUGGAGAAGGGGGAGGGCUGCAUACAACUGUGCCAGCACGAGAGAAACUUUGUCCCCGGCAAGAGCAUUGUGGAGAACAUCAUUAACUGCAUUGAGAAGAGCUACAAGUCGAUCUUUGUGUUGUCUCCCAACUUUGUGCAGAGUGAGUGGUGUCACUAUGAGCUGUACUUUGCCCAUCACAAGUUAUUCAGUGAGAAUUCCAACAGUUUAAUCCUCAUUUUACUGGAGCCAAUCCCUCCGUACCUUAUCCCUGCCAGGUAUCACAAGCUGAAAGCUCUCAUGGCAAAGCGCACCUACAUGGAGUGGCCGAAGGAGAGGAGCAAGCGUGCCCUAUUCUGGGCUAAUCUCAGGGCAGCCAUUAACAUUAACCUGCCAAAAGCUGAUGAAAACUUGUCUGAGGAAACAGAUUAAGAAUCUUUCUAUUGGAAUUUCAUCUGUUUUUCCCUAGUGAAAUAAUAAAUAUGAUUUCCAUUCAUUGUAAA